AUAACUCUUUCCCACAAGGAGGCUGGGACAUAACAUUGUGUUCUUGUGAGAACAAACACAAUAACAGACAUGAACAGCAAGCUGUGGAGUGACUUAGUUAAGGAAGCAUUUGACAAAACAUUAAUAGUCACUAAAUUUUUCUGUGCUCUUCAUCUCACUACCACCUACGUUUUCACCCCUGCUUAUGUUUUUGGUCCUAGUAUGCUUCCCACUUUCAAUAUCAGUGGUGAUUAUGUGUUGGCUGAGAAAAUCUCAACGAGGUUGGGGAAAGUGGGUCGAAACGACAUCGUUUUGAUUAGGUCGCCUGAAGAUCCUAGAAAGAUUGUUACUAAACGUAUUGUGGGUGUGGAAGGUGAUGAUGUUAGAUACAGCCUCAAUCCUGAGAGGGAUGAUACAUUCGAGACUAUAGUUGUGCCUAAAGGGCAUGUUUGGAUUGAGGGCGAUAACAAGUACAUGUCCAGGGAUUCGAAGAACUUUGGUCCUGUUCCUUAUGGAAUGAUCCAAGGCAGAAUUUUUUGGAAAGUAUGGCCUUUUGAAUCUUUUGGAUCAGUGGAAAGGAGAACUAUAUGAGGCGAUUUAAUAUAUGAAGGGAUAAACAUGUUGGUCUGUGACGGAACAGGAAUAACCAUGCAGGCCUAAUUUACUAAAAUUGUAGACAUUUUACGGUCGGGGACAAUUUUGUAGCUUAAGAUUAGUUUUGAUACUCAUAAAAAUCAUACAGUUGCUCAAAAGUCUAGGGUGCCUGAUUUUAUUUCCGGUGCACUUGGUGAAUGAAGAAUUUUGUUGCAAGUUCCAUCGGUAAAAAAGUGUAGAUUACUUUAUUACCAUUGUUGGUAACUUCUGAUACACAGAUAGGUGAUUUGCGUGUUUCCGAAUAGUGAUGAUAUUCAAAUUGUUUCUCUUUCUUAUACAAGUUCAUAUAUCAGCUCUGUUUUGUGUUCA